GUGGAGCAGUGUACAGUGGAGCGGAGGCAGCGCGGCUCCGCGAGCUCCUCUCCACUUUCCCAUAGAGAGCCCCUGACUGGCCGCUGAGGGCGAGCCACACACACGCCCUCGCGCCGCGGCGAGCCCGCGAGGUAGGCGCCCGCCAUCCGCAGCCUUCGCGGGCGCUCUCCCGCACUUUCUGUUUUCCGACUCACUUGCGAGCCGCCGGGGCUGCAGCCCGAGGACUCCGCGGCUGGAGCGGCGGCAGCCGGUUACUAUCAUACGACAAAGGCUUUGCUGCCGUUCAUCUUCCUUCCUGUGGACCUCCCAUUUACCUUCUUCUCGGAAUCCUGCUGCAUCACAGAAGCCGGAAGUUCUGAUGUUCCAUUGAGAUCACAAUGGAAAGUCUUGACUUGACUGGCACCCUAAGGAAGACCCCAAGCCUCUAGCAGAUGAUAUCAUCUCCAGCAUGUUAUAGAUGUGAAGGAUUCCCUGGGAUAUUGAGAAAUACAAGAGGCGAAUUGUUCCACUGUAGUCACAGUGAUGAAAGGCAGUAAUAGAAAUAAAGAUCAUUCAUCAGAAGGCGAAGGGGCUGGGAAACGACCAAAACGGAAGUGUCUUCAGUGGCAUCCGUUGUUAGCCAAGAAGCUUCUUGAUUUUUCAGAAGAGGAGGAAGACGACGAGGAGGAGGAAGAUAUUGAUAAAGUUCAUCUUCUUGAGGCGGAUGGCCUAGAGCAAGAUGUUGGUGAAACUGAAGACGAUGAGUCACCAGAACAGCGAGCCCGGAGACCAAUGAACGCAUUUCUUUUAUUUUGCAAGCGUCAUCGCUCUCUUGUCCGACAGGAACACCCAAGGCUUGAUAACCGAGGUGCUACCAAGAUACUAGCUGAUUGGUGGGCUGUUCUUGAUCCAAAGGAAAAGCAGAAAUAUACAGACAUGGCCAAGGAGUAUAAAGAUGCAUUUAUGAAAGCAAAUCCUGGCUACAGAUGGUGCCCUACUACAAACAAGCCUGUAAAAUCGCCAACACCCACUGUCAAUCCACGGAAGAAACUUUGGGCCUUCCCAUCUGACUCUUCAAGAGACUUGCCAACCCCCAAGAAGGCAAAGACAGAAGAAAUUCCUCAGCUUAACUUUGGAAUGGCUGAUCCUACUCAGAUGGGAGGCCUGAGCAUGUUGCUGUUAGCUGGAGAACAUGCUCUUGGAACGCCGGAGGCAUCAACUGGGCCUUGCCGGCCUGAUAUUUCAGAGUCACCUGAGUUGCGUCAGAAGUCGCCAUUGUUUCAAUUUGCUGAGAUAUCUUCAAGGACAACUCAACCUGAUGGUCCUUCAAAGCAGUGUCAAGCAUCAACUUUGUUUCAGUUUGCAGAGAUUUCUUCAAGUACUUCACAGUUGGGUGGUGCUGAGCCCGUGAAACGCUGUGGGAAUUCUGCACUCUUUCAGCUGGCAGAGAUGUGUCUGGCAUCAGAGGAGAUGAAAAUGGAAGAAACAAAACUAAUAAAUUCAAAAGAACCGGAUGGUGGAAGAAUGAAAGAGAUGGAAAAGGGGAAGGAGGAGAGAGACAUAAAAAUGGAGAAAAACAAUGAAGCUGGGUUCCAGAAAGAAGCAGAAUUUGAGAAACCAUCUAAGGGAAAUAUAAGGGAGUCUAAGGACUUCAGAAACUUUGAAGAGCUACAAGUGGAUAAUGUAAUGGCUGUGAAACUGGAAGACCCUAAAGAAAUGAGAAAGGAGCCAGAGGAUGAUCAGAAAUAUGGCCACUUCCCUGAUUUUUCUUACUCUGCCAGUAGCAAGAUAAUAAUUAGUGAUGUCCCCAGUAGAAAAGAUCACAUGUGCCACCCUCAUGGAAUUAUGUUCAUCGAGGACCCCACCAUGCUAAACAAACCAGAAAAGAUAAAAAAGAAAAAGAAGAAAAACAAACUGGAUCGACAUGGAAGUGACAAAUCCACACCCAAGAAGACCUGCAAGAAGAGGCAGUCUUCAGAGUCCGACAUCGAGAGUGUCAUGUACACCAUAGAAGCUGUUGCAAAAGGAGACUGGGGUGUUGACAAACUUGGAGAAACCCCAAGAAAGAAGGUCCGCACCUCCUCAAGUGGCAAGGGGGGCAUUUUGGAUGCCAAGCCACCAAAGAAAAAGGUGAAAUCAAAGGAGAAGAAGGUUUCCAAGGAGAAGUGCUCAGACAUCAUCAAGGAGUCACGACCUCCAGAUUUCCUUAAUAUUUCUGCCAGCAAGAAUGUUCCUGGGGAGGUGCCAGAGGGCAUAAAAGCAGAGCCAUUGACCCCCACAGAGGAUGCACUGCCACCUAGCCUACCAGGACAGGCCAAGCCUGAGGACAGUGACUGUCACAGAAAAACAGAGACCUGUGGCUCCAGGAAAUCGGAGAGGUCUUGCAAAGGUGCUCUUUAUAAAACCCUGGUGUCAGAAGGCAUGCUCACCUCCCUGCGAGCUAAUGUUGACAGAGGGAAACGGAGCUCAGGAAAAGGAAAUUCCUCUGAUCAUGAAGGGUGUUGGAGUGAAGAGAGCUGGACAUUUAACCAGAGUGGGACCAGUGGGAGCAAGAAGUUUAAGAAGAAGCUAAGGGAAGACUCCUUCCUUGGUUCUGCAAAGCUGGAUGAGGAAUUUGAAAAGAAAUUCAACAGCCUCCCUCAAUAUAGUCCUCUUACAUUUGACCGGAAAUGUGUAUCUAUUCCCAGGAAAAAGAAGAAGACUGGAAACAUGUCCUCAGAAUCGUCUAAAACCAGCAAAGGUCCUUUCCAGUCCCAGAAAAAGAACUUAUUCCACAAAAUUGUCAGCAAAUAUAAGCACAAAAAGGAGAAGCCUAAUGUUCCAGAAAAAGGAAGUGGGGAUAAAUGGUCACACAAGCAAUUCUUCUUGGAUGCCAUUCACCCUACGGAAGCCAUAUUUUCAGAAGACAAAAACACCGCAGAGCCUGUUUAUAAGGUUAAAAAUGCCCUAUCCAUUCCCAACACUCCAGAGCCAGCAGCAAUGCAAGAACCUUUGGUAGGCAGCCAAAAGAGAAAAGCAAGGAAAACCAAGAUCACACACCUUGUCAGAACUGCAGAUGGCCGAGUAUCACCAGCAGGAGGUACCUUGGAUGACAAACCAAAGGAGCAACCACAUAGGAGUCUCCCUAAAGUGACUGAGACAUACUGCAGUGAUGAUUGCUCACACAACACGGUUGAGGAGCCACGGAGCAGUACUCCAGAAAUGCCCGCUGUGUCUGCAUUCUUUAGCCUCGCUGCGCUGGCAGAGGUUGCAGCCAUGGAGAAUGUGCACAGAGGUCAGAGGUCAACUCCACUCACCCAUGAUGGACAGCCAAAAGAAAUGCCACAGGCUCCUGUACUGAUUUCUUGCGCUGACCAGUGAAGCGCUCUUUAAUUGUAAAACAUUGUGCUUUACCUACUACCCUAGCCUUGUCUUUACCAGGGAUGCUGGCGAGUCCAUGUGGUGGGAAGUACAGACUGCAGACAAAUGCUUGUUGUCCCACACGGCCCAGAAUCACUUGAAGCAAAACUUAGCAUUCUGGGCCCAUUUGUUGUUUCAGAAGCCCCAAGUUCUGAGGGCGGUGUUACUGCGUGACACUGAGCAAAAGCAAAGGGAUGGGGACCUUUGCUUUGCAUGGAAGGAAGGCUUUUGAUGGUGACCAGUGGUAACUUGGUAAAAGGCUGCCUUUACUGUAGCUCAUCCAGCGUCUCUUUUACCAACCAGAGAGUGUGAAACUAGUUUCAUAUAUUACCUAGUUAUUCUUUCAAAACAAACAAAAAAACCCUGACGCACUGCACUAGUUAUUAUUAGAUAUUCUUAGUCUUUUGUACAUGAAGAUUUAAGUUCUAAGAUGGUUUAUAUAAUAGGUUAUACCUACAUUUAUAUUGUAGAAUAAAUAUUAAAAAGCCUGUACCAGAGACUCCUAAGCAGCAUGGGCAGGCAGACGUACCAUUGUUAGCGGUGUAUGCUCGGCCUUGUGGUCCAUAUAUUCUGCACUUUUAUAUUUGCCACCAGAAUGGUAGUGGUAGUUUGCUGGCAGAGAGAGAGAAAGAGAGAGAGAGAGAGAGAGAGAGAGAGAGAGAGAGAUUUUGAUUUUGAGAUCAAGAAAGAGACUAUUACAAUUCUUACAAUCUGAAUUUUUUUCUUAGCCUUGAGUGACCAAGAAGAAUUUGCUUGGGGCAAAUUGUGGCAAAUAUUUUCCCAGACAGGGGAAGCAUCCUGCAGAUUACAGAUUACUGAUGUUUUCAUGCCUUGAGGAUUCUUUUAUUUUUACACAGGGGUCUAAGUGACCAAUGGAUCGUUCAUACAAACAAAAAAAGACAAAAAUAUUAUUCAGAAGUGACCUUAGUAUUACUUCAUUAUUCUAAACACAUUGAAGAUGCUCACUUCAUAUGGACUUGGAGCUUCAGACCUUUUACAUCCAUCCCAGACAGACUGGACGGGUUGCGAUUGCUAUGCACGGCCUAAUAGGCACUGCAGGUUUAGGAGCCAUUUGGAGUUUGUGUUGUUGAGGAGGUAUUGAGUAAACGAGGGGGGCGUUGUCUGAAGUGCGCCUCUCAGUCAGAUCCACCUACAAGUUUCUGUUUCCUUUUCAUGUUUUGUUGCUUUUAAGCAUAAAACCAACCAUAUGCCAGUGCCAAGUGGAUUAACUGGCUUACAACAUUCAACAUAUUGACUUAACCACCUGACGUUCACAGUGUCUUGUUUCCUAGCAACAGAUGCAAAGUGAUACAUCAAAAUUAAUCUGAGGCUACAGAUUUUACAGGGUAUUUUUUCCAUAGCACAAAGUAUUUCCCCACUGUUGCAACACAGCACAAACUACCAAAUUUUAAUUUUUGGAUCCCAGCAAUAAUUUUUAAUAGUUUUCAAACUGGUGGAGUUUUGAUAGUGCUAGCUGGAAUUUGAAGCUUUUGAAUUAGAUCUCUAAUGGUGACAGUUUACAUGGUUUUAUCUAGCUUUCUUAUUUAUACUUGACUGAAGUGUAAUGAUUUUUUUUCUAAUUGUAAUUUGACCUAAUAGCCAUAUAAAAUGAAUCUAUUAAUACUGUCUAGGUCUAGCUUCUCACGGUUGUAGAUAUUCCUUCAGUUCCGGUGCUGGAAAAUAUGUACAACAAUGUUAACAGAAUUGAAAAUGAUAGGUUUGUUUUGUUGUUAUUUUCCCAAAGCAGCAGGUAGGGAGGGCAGCAGAGUAUUAAAAUUGUGUCCUCAAAAAUUCAUGUUCAUUGUGGGGAUGGAGGAAGGAAGAAUUAGUAAAAGGUAAAUCAGUAGGUAUAGCUUAACCCCAUUCACAUAGAAAUAAACUGAGUGAAUAGCCCCAGAUUUUAGCAUACUAUUUUUACUAUGAUAACUGUUUUAAUAAUAUUUUCUAAAUUUUGAAACAAAAAAAAGUGAAUGUUUGGAAAUUGCUGGGUCCUGAUGUUGGUGGCUGUUGGAGUUUUGGACCACUUGCUAGCAGUGAUUUAAACAUAAUUAGCUAAAACCCAAAAAAUUAGUAACAAAAGUAGAAAACCAACAAUUGCAUUGGUGCAGAACAUGCAUCUUGACAAUGGUACUAACUUGUUAUUCUCUAGAGUACAUUAGAAUAGAUCUAUUUUUGCCAGAGCACCCUCCUUCAGCCCUCCGAGUACAUUUCACUAGAAUCCCUUCAGAGAUUGCUGUAUAUUCCUGAGACCUUUUUUUUAAAAAAGAAACAAACAAGAGAUGACCUUUUUCUACGUGGUUAAUAUCUUACCUGAUCGGCUUUUCCCGUAGGCAGGGUGGGGAUGGGAGGGACUUCCUGGAUAUGGCUGUUUUCAGAUACUUUAAAAACAAACCUUUUUGUAGAAAUGCUUAAUUUUUAAGCGGUUAGGCACUGAGAGUAGCAGAAGUCCUGCAAAGCUUUAUAGUUCUCCGAGCGAGGUCUUGAUUUCAGUAGUUGUGCUUCUUAUGCCCCAUCUGCUGGAGAGGGGUGUUGGUUUUUUCAGGUAACAUUUGUUAGCACAAACCCUUCAGUCCAUUACGUCGUUCUCCACUGCAUUAGCAUUGUCGUCUUCAUGUCGCUCCUCUCCUUCUGGAAACUGGCAUUGCUGUGUUGCUCUGAUGCCUUCUUGUAAUCUGGCAGCAAGCACCAGCCACACUGACGUUUGUCUCAUAGCAUCCUCAUGAAAACAAGUCAUUUGCACCUUAUGUAUAUCUCAAGCAAACCAAAAUACAAUGUUCUUCUGCUUUGUUAUAUUCUAAAUUGUUGUAGCAUAUCUUUCUGAAACCACUUUGCAUUUAGUUCAAGUUGUCAGUAUUUAUGCUUUUAACCUUAAUUUCUGGAUUCAAACCUGUAUAUAAAUCCUGUUUUGAAAGUUGUCCUUGCCCUUCUCUGCAGGGCUGGAGUGGGAGGUUCUGUCUCAGGUGCAGACAUAGGACUCUUCCAGUGUUCUUUAGCCUUUUAUUUAUUUUAGUUAUUCUGGUGUUUCCAAUGUAAAUUUGAAGUGUCCAGAGUAUGUUAUAGUAACUAAAACUUCAGCUCUUAAGAUGAGCGGAAAAGAAAAUGCUGUAAGACAUCCUAGAAGUUUUGUUUGUUUGGGUACUGUAAAUGAGAUCAGGAAAAGGAAAAAAAAGUCCCACGGCCACAUUGGAAACCACAGGUUCCUGUCCCCAGAUUAGGUUAGUCUCAAAUGGGGGAUCCAAACUCUUAAUUCAUUCAACCCCCUCCUGAGUGAUCCUGUCAUUCUGGCAGCCUUUCCCCCUCAAGUGUCAGAAAUUACUUAAUUUUAUCAGAUGUGGCCCAGAAGCCAUGCUGAAAGAAUUCCUAUAGUAUCAUUAUGACCUUACUUCCUGCCUUUACAGUUACUACAGAAAAAAUGUUGACAACACUGUAUGUGCAGAGGAGCGUCUGAACCCGUCUGGGGGUUGGAGUCUGACGUGUUGAUUCCCUAUUGUUUUCUUAAAGUCAAGAUGUUUUGCUAAGUCAUAAAAAAUGUGUUUGCACUCUGCAGUCUUUGACUCAGCGUACGGAAGUGUUUGCACCGAUGUAAAAUCUCAAGCAAAUUGUAAAUUGCUAUGGAACAGACAUUAGCUGAGAACUGAAUGACGUGUUUUGUUUAUAGGGUGGGGUGGGGAAUACUACAUAACUCUGUUCCAAGCUUGGCAUUUGAUGUUAAUGUGAAGCAGUGGGACCAUGCUGCCUGCUAAACUACUGUAUGCGUCAUAAGUGUUCUGAAGACCAGCAGCUGGAGGCUGGAGCACAGCAUUCAUUCAGCAGAGGAGACGCACCACUGCUGGUUCCUCGGGGGAGAGGAAGGAAAUCAGGGGAGGCCUGGAGUCACCGCUUGUAAGGGAGAUGUUGGGGUGUACAUGAUGCUGUUGAGAUUCACCUUUGAUUGCACUGCUCCCCAGAGCCCUCAGAUAACGCCAAUCCUCAUGGGCUACCUCGGCUUCCAAAGUUAAUUUCAGUAAGUCUGUCUUUCGCUUCUACCUUCAGUGCCACGAUUUUCCACUGCAGUGUUUUGUCUUCACACACUGGCUUCUCCGGAGAGAACAACGUCGUGCUGAAAUGAGCAGUAGGAGCGAGUGCGUAUCGCAUCUGACCUGUUUAGUGUUUGGAGUGACUGCUAGGUGGAAACUGAACUUAGCUUCUCCCCACACAUCCUUGUUUUGCACUUUAUGCAAAGUGUACUAUUUGCUAAUUAGAUGUUGUUUCUGUUUAUACAGGCAUUCCCAAAGAGUUAGGCUGGACUUGGUUUUAUUUGAGUUUGGGGAUUGUUAAAGUCUUACCUAGAUUAACUAACAACAUGUGUAUAAUGAGAACAGAAGCAGCUGUGUGGUUCAUGGAACCAUGGAUCUGGGGAAGCGUCAGGGUUUGAUGGACUACUUUGCUUAUGUUUGGAAGUGAUAGCUACGUUCGUUAUACUCCAUGCUGAAGGACUGUCCUUUUCAGUGAGGACGUUAUGACCUUCUGACAUUUCAGAACAAAGAAGCAACAGAAGUAAAUGACAUACGUUUGACUUCUUUGUAUAUCUGCACCUAUCUGUGCUGCCCUUUCCUUCAAAUAUAUAAGUAUACAUUUUGAGGGAGGGAAAGUGUCCUCUUUUGACCAAAUUUUAUCUGUGGUGGUGUGAUUUUUAACUGAUAAAGUCACAGGAGGAACUUUAUAGUUAAAAGUUCUGUGGCCACUGUUUUGUUUUGUUUUGUUUUUUUCUUUUGUGUUUGUUUGAUUUUUUUUUUCAUGGCAGACAGUGGUCAAGCUGAUCAUGCCUUCACAUUGAUUUCAUGCACAGAAUUCAUGUUUGUGAACAUUACUACUACUUCCAAAGAUUUUCUGAUAACUUGGGCCAGAACUGGUGACUGAGUAACAAGGAUCUGAUAGAAUGCCUCCAAACCCACCCACAACACGAAUCUUACCUCACAAGCUCUAACCUAAAUCAUAGAGACACUCAUGUUCCAUGGAAUGUCACUGACUUCUCUGUUGCUCACCAGAAGGUUUGCUCUUGUCUCCUGACUCCUCACGUUUAGUGCCUCGGCUCUUGGAGCAGCAGAACCUAGGGUCGGGAGGGAAGGCUGGGGACCUUGAGCUUAGUGAUUGCUCAGCCACAUUUUCAUGUCAUUAGCACUAAGCAAGCCUCUGGCUCUCAGGAAUUUGUCAAAAGGUUGAUUAAAAAAAACCUCCUGAGAUUCCACACACCAGGUUAUAAACUGGUUCUCAUAGGUUUGAAUUGCUUACUUACAUGUCAUAAAUUAACCAUGGCUUCAUUUGACCCCAGGUCUUAAGUCUGUUGACAGUUUUAGCAUGACUGAUUUGUUCAUUUUAUUUCAGUUUUUGUUUUCAUUUUAAUUUGCUUUGGAAAUUGGCUUUGUUCUCUUUAGAGUUGGUGUAAACAUGCCAUGUAAUAAAUGAUUUCCAGUUAAUGGUACAACAGAAUUAUUGCUUUCUUAGAUGUAUGUGUAGUAAAAAGUCAAUAUAUACAUUUAUAUAAUUUCUUCGAAAUCUUAUACCUAAUUUGAUAUUUCUAAAAAUUGCACAUGUAAGUCAUGUGUAUAACAUGCUAAAGUACUUUAACUGUGAUCUUAAAACUGAAUAAAAAUAUUUAAUAAAAAUUUGAAAUAUUUUAAAGAUAUUA